GCUCUCGCUAUCCAAUAACAUAGACAUGGUAGCGUCAUCUCGUCCAUUGCCAAACCUCAAGAAUUCUCAUAAAUACUACGAUGAAUGUCCUCUUACGUCCGAUCUUGUUCCCCGGGUAUCUUAUUACCGGCCAGCAGCAUGGCCUGCGGCAACCCCAACUUACGAUGAUUAUGAGGAAACUCCACCUACAAUCCUACCAGCGGGUACUUUUCUGCACAAAGGCUUCUAUGAUCUACUCGCCAUGAUCCCCACUCCCUCCCAAUCCCGAUUUCUCUGGGGUGGUGGUGGAUCUAACCAAGUUCCACCCACAGACGGCGAGAUUAUUAGUGCAGGUCCACGUCAUGAGGACAUCAAUCCAAAACCCCGUCACACGCCUGGAUCUUCUCCCCUAAAGAAGGGUAGAAGAGUCAGUAAAGCCAUGGUCUCCAGGCCCACGGGUUUCGUGCAUCUUGUCCACGCUUCGGAUGCCGGUCAGGCAGAAGCCCUUUUGACCCGCUGGGGUCCAGAUGGUUUGGGAAAGCUCGGAGACCCACGUUGGGCAGAUCCAAUAAAGUCUCGAGUAAGGCAAACCAACCAAGCAAAGGCAGUUAACGAGGUUAUCAAUGCACUUAAACCGUCUCAAGAUAGCGCUGGCCAGCCACCUCCCCUUAGAGUCAUGAACGGUAUGAGCACUACUACUACUUCGUCUACCAUAACCACCGCUGCCCGUGAAAAUGUCCACUUUUCACCCACGGAUGGCCUGCCGGGGCGCCCAGGGAAUUCUACCAUAAAAUGGGGCGGAGGGCUCAGGGCUCAUCCAGAAGUCGGCGAAUACGAUGAUGACCUGAGCCUUACCCUUCCUGGCCCUUCACCAAGACCAAUUACACCAUCGUUGACUACAUUGGAGAAGGCGGUGUCCGCUCGGAUCUACUUUGAGAACCUUUACUUUCCCCUUCUUCGGCAGCCACCUUCGCGAGAACAGCGAAGAAUUGCCAUGGAAAAGGAUAUGGUUAUCAUGCACUUUAGUGAAGAUCAGAAAGAAGCCUUACGUGCUCAGUGGCGCCAAAACGAAACAGAAUAUCUUCGCGAACGCCGAAGCAAAGUCGAUGCUACAGCGUUCAUCAAACUAAAAACCAUAGGCCAUGGUGCGUUUGGGGUCGUGUCCCUGGUUAAAGAGCGAGUCACGGGACAAUUGUUUGCUAUGAAACAGCUAAGGAAGAGUGAUAUGCUUCGCAAAGGGCAAGAAGGCCACGUCCGUGCAGAACGUGAUAUCUUGAAAUCUGCCUCGCUCGUCGCUUCGCCCGGUGGCGCGGAGUGGAUCGUGAAGCUGCACUACAGUUUUCAGGACCGCGAUAAUUUGUACUUGGUAUUGGAAUUUAUGGGCGGUGGGGAUCUCCUGAAUCUUUUGAUCGAGAGAGACAUUUUUGAGGAAGACUUUGCUCGUUUCUAUGUCGCUGAGAUGAUUUUAGCUAUCGAAACUUGUCAUAAACAUGGUUUCAUUCAUCGUGACAUUAAACCUGAUAACUUCCUGUUUGACCCGCAAGGACACAUUCGUCUAAGUGACUUUGGACUUGCUGCGGAACAGCCUGAGUAUACGGAACAUAAAACUGAUUCGGAGGCCGCAGAUUACGAACAGCAGCGGCGUCAGUUGUUGCACAAGCAUGGGAUAGACCUUGAGGACAGCAACGGCAUCAGCGAUGGAACCAGAACCAAACGAAUGGACCGCAAGGAUGUCGAAUUACUGAUGGGCGACGGCAACGGCCAAAGUGGCUACGGCGUGAUUCUAAACAUCCUUCUUCGGAUCCACAGCUGCGGGACAAAUUCUUACAUGUCGCCAGAAGUCAUCAGAGGUCACGGCUACUCGUUUUCCUGUGACUGGUGGAGCUUAGGCGUUAUCAUGUUUGAAUGCCUGUAUGGAUAUCCCCCAUUCGUUAGCAACUCCAGGCACGUCACCCGUCAGAAGAUUCUGAACUGGAAGCAAUCCCUCAAGUUCCCCUCUCGCCCUCGUGUCUCGGGUGAGGGGGUGAAUCUGAUGCAGCAGCUCCUUUGCGAGCCUGAGGAUCGCCUUGGAAGUCAGGCUCCAGCAUCCGUAUCGCGCCCAGAUUCCCUCGCCGUUCACGCACGACGCAGCGGCUUCAUCUUGCCCGGGACUACGGUCGGCAGUGUUGAUGGUGGAGAUGCAAUCAAGGCGCAUCCCUGGUUCCAGGGAAUAGAUUGGGAAAAUAUACACCGCUACCCCUGCGCCAUAUCGCCCGGAUUUGCAGAGCAUUUCGUCAUACCAGGUGUUUCAAUUUCGCCAGCAGAUGCGGCGAAAGACCCCCUACUCAGGGACAGGGUCCACGGGGAAGAGAUUCUGAACGUCCGCAAGGCCCUCGCAUUUGCGGGGUUCACGCACAAAAGCCCUCGAGCGAUCAGUUACGCUCGUGCUGAUCGUGCAUUUGAUGCACAAGCGGAUAUUCCCGAACCAGAACGGGGCGAACGAGGUCGUCCAACGGCUGGCACAGGCCGGGCUAUAUCCCUUUAGUGUGAUGCAUGUCCAGGGACCCUGAGAGCUGAGAGAGGGGUGGCUGUGUGGCUGAGAUGGUACCGCAACUUCGCCAUGCGGCAUCGUCGAGGAUAUGACGACAGUCUACGGACAUGACGUGAAGACAUGCAUUUACUCCAUAAUGUGAUUAUUCACUGUACUUGAUUGCCAGGAUCUGCGGACAUGACUCUAACAUGCACUCAUUUUACGAUGCCACUAUCACUAUACUUGAUGCCUAUGCUAUACCCUUGUUUCCUUGCUGUCCGCCGCCGCCGCCACCAGAUCUGCUGCUUGCCGUUAACGGGUGGGGCAAGUCAAUCAUGUACUGCCACGAGUUGAACUCUCGAAGUAAAUACAUUAUAAAUGCCGGAAACCACUAUUAAUUAAAAGGGACU